ACUAUAACAUAAUGAUGGAUACCUUUUUUUUUUAUAAAGAUGAACAGGAAAACAUUUUUUAAUGAAGAAGGAGAAAAGGUUUACGAUCCGAUGGAGGAUGUUUUAACACAUGUCGAUGAUCCCAACAUAGUUCGUGAAACAAUGACUAGUCGACAAACUUACUUGAGCGUUAAGCGCCCCGAAAAAAUUGUUCGAAGACUCCUCAAUUAGAAAGCAGUAGAAACCUAGUAAAUUGAAGCCAUCAGUGAAGUUGUGCAACAAUUACAGCGACUUCACCAGAGAAACAUUUAUAUA